AUGACGUGUUCCGCGGCCCGUCGUCACCUACCGUCGCCGUCGCGCCGCGCGUUCGCGUCGCGAGCGACCGCGUCCGCGUCCGCGGAGGCGGCCGCGGAGACGGCCGCGGAGGCGCCCGCGAAGACGGAGCGACGCAAGCGCGUCCUGAGCGGAGUCCAGCCCACGGGCUCCAUCCACCUCGGGAACUACUUCGGCGCGAUAAAAAACUGGGUCGACCUCCAGGAAGAGUUCGACGCGUUCUACUGCGUCGUCGACCUGCACGCCAUCACGCCGGGGAAUCACGACGCCGCGGCGCUGAAAGCGUCCACGCGGUCCUCCGCCGCCAUCUACCUCGCCGCGGGGUUGGACCCGGAGAAGUCGAACGUCUUCGUGCAGUCGCACGUCGCCGCGCACAGCGAGCUGUGCUGGCUCCUGAACUGCGCGACGCCGAUCGGGUGGCUCGAGAAGAUGAUUCAGGCGCGUUCUAUCUCACACUGGUCCCCAUACGACCGCUUCAAGGAGAAGGCGCGAAAGGCGGGCGAAGACGUCAGCGUCGGCCUGCUCGAUUACCCCGUGCUGAUGGCCGCGGACAUCUUGCUGUACAACGCGGACGUCGUCCCGGUCGGGGAGGACCAGCGGCAGCACCUGGAGCUGACGCGCGACGUCGCGGCGAGGGUGAACAACCUGUACGGAGGGAACAAGUGGAAAAAGUUGGGCCCGAAAAAGGGCGACGGCGCGCGAGCGCCGAGCGGCCGGUUCCGCGGCGGCGACGUCCUGAAGGUCCCGGAGGCGUACAUCCCGAAAGCGGGCGCGCGCGUGAUGUCCCUCACCGACGGCACGUCGAAGAUGAGCAAGAGCAACCCCGCGGAGGGGAGCCGGAUCAACGUGCUGGACUCCCCGGAUGAGAUCGCGAAAAAGAUCAAACGGUGCAAGACGGAUGCGUUCGAGGGCUUGGAGUUCCGGAACCCCGACCGACCGGAGGCGACGAACCUCCUGACGAUGUACCAGCUCUGCACGGAGCUGAGCGAGGAGGAGGUGAUCGCGGCGUGCGGGGACAUGCGGUGGGGGGACUUCAAGCCCGCGCUCACCGAGGCGGUGAUCGAGCACUUGAGACCGAUACAGUCGAGGUACGACGAGAUCGUCUCCGAAGAGGGGUACCUCGACGGCGUGCUGAAGAGGGGCGCGGACGCCGCGAACGAGGUGGCGGAGAAGACGGUCGCGGACGUCCGAGACGCGAUGGGCUUCCUUCCUCGCAGCGCGUGA